CCAAAUUCACAUGUGCACAAACGUGUUGCCAGCACAACGAUAUGGUAUAAAACGCUGGUCACUUUACUAUGAAACCAGUGUGCCAAGUAGGUUUUGAAGUUCACGGAUAUCCCAUCUUAAACUAACAUACACAAAAUGAUAGCGCGGUUGAUUCUAGUCGGCCUUGCAGCAUGUGUGUACGGGGAGACGAUACCGGAACUUGCGACAAGACUCGGUGCCACAGAGUUGGUAAAACUAGUUACAGAUGCAGGACUUGCAGGGACGCUUUCCGGUGCAGGCCCUUUCACGGUAUUCGGACCAACCAACGCUGCAUUCUCCAAACUCCCUAAGAAUAUCCUGGAGCGUCUCAUGCGUGACAAGAAGCUGUUGGCGGAUGUUCUCAAGUAUCACGUGGUCUCAGGCAAUGUCUACUCCUCCCAGCUCAGCAACGAACUGACCGCGCCUAGCCUGUUGACGAUGAAUGGGAAGGCAUUGGAUAUCCGCUUUAACAUCUAUAACAACGGACAGCUGAUCACUGCCGAUGGGAGCCCAGUUGUGUUGCCUAACCAGAACGCCUCUAACGGAGUGAUCCACGUCGUCGACCGUGUCAUGUUCCCAAUUCCGUUCGAAGACAUCCCCACGGAGGUCACCAAACAAAGUGCUCGCUUCUCUACCCUUCUUACAGCUGUGAAGGCAGCAAACCUAGUAAGCACACUGGCUGGAGGCCCCUUCACACUCUUUGCUCCAACAAACGCCGCUUUUGCCAAGAUACCAGCUGACGUAUUGAACAAACUGUUGGCUAACGUAACGGCACUCACUGACGUUUUGACAUACCACGUUGUCAGUGGCACGUACUGGAGCGCCAGUCUGUCCAAUGGGAUGAUGCCCAAAACGGUCGAGGGAAAGGCUGUCAACAUUAAAAUUGAUGGAGGCAAGGUGAUGGUUAAUGACGCUACAGUAGAAGAAGCCGACCUCGCCGUCACAAAUGGCGUCAUCCACGUCAUCGAUACCGUCCUUCUCCCGCCCGCGUUUGACCCCAGCAUUUACUAGUUUGCAUUUACAAAAUUAUGUUUAAUAUCUAUAUUUUGUUCACAUAAUAUU